AAAAGCUUGAAUAUGAGGCACUUAUGGAUAAGCUUGAGAAACAGGUAUAAAGGCAUAUUGUCAGUUGGUAGAAUGGGAGAGGGCUGAGGCAGAGAAAGAGAGAUGUAGAGAGCUGCAAGAAAUGAAGCAAAGAAAAGAAAAAUUGGCAAGAAAUAAGAGAAUACUAGAAGCAGCAUUUGAAGGAGAGAUUGAUGAGAUCAUGGCAGUUUUCAACGAGGUAAAAGAAUUGGACAAUGUCAAUGGAGUAGCAAAAGAUGCCAUUGGAAGAGCCACCAGAAAUCGCCACUUUCUUGCUGUUGUUAAUGCAGAAGAUCCAAAUGGUAACACCCCUCUGUCUGAAGCUGCAGCCGGUGGCCAGUCAGCCACUGUGAGGCUGCUGAUUGAUAAAGGUGCAAAUUUGAAUGCACAGGGAGCAUUUGCGAGAACACCACUUUACCGGGCAGCCUUCUCUGGGCACUUGGAUGUCUGUGAGGUGUUGCUACUGCAUGGAUCAGAUCCUAGAAUGUAUGCCAGUGAUGGGAGUACACCUGAACAGGUCGCCUCGACAGAACUGCUCGAACAGUUCUUCAGAAGUUGGGACAUAUCCGUGACUGAGAAACUUCUGGACAAUGCAUCGGCUGUCGCUGAGCGGAGGCAGAAAGAGGAGAAGGAUAUAAGAGAAACUGAGAAAACUCAGCUUGAAGAGUUGCUAGCGGAGGUGCAGAGUAAAUAUGACGCCAGGCACAGGGAGUUGAAUACAGCCUACUGCGAGUGGAACAAAAGGAUUCUAGAACAUGACAACUGUGUAGCUGCAGGAUCAGACAAGACACACAUCACUCUACAGGCGAUUCAAUUAGCUGAGCAGAAUCUUGAGGUGGUCAAGUUGGCAGCAAAAGACACAGAAGUGAUGCUUAUAGACACCAAAGCUAAACUGAGAGAUUUCAGGGAAUACAAUCAAGCAUGUGCUGCAGAAAAUGACGACCUGCCGGGAAUAAAAGUUAACAUAAGAGAGCUAGACGACGUUUUGCUGAAGGAC